AUGCGGCUACUUUCAGCGAUACUUCUACUCACAGUUACUUCGUCUUAUGGAACAAAUAACAAGAUUCAUGAUGGUGAUGUCUAUAAGGAGAGCCAUCGACCUCACACGAGAAAAGUGCGUGAGCAACAAUUCCAAAUCCAAGGUGUCGAUACUGUUGAAGAAAUAUCAGUGAGAGAUGAGCCAACUUUUCGUACCACCGUGCCGUCUAUGGCAGGUGAACGAGAACGAAAACACAUUGCACCUAUGAGACCACCACCAAUUUUCUUCCAAGGACAGCCUCGCUCUUUCCCAUAUCCACAAAGCUUACCCCAAGAUAUUUCGAUGGUGAAGAGGCAAUCGCAUGCCGUUGCAAGUGAUGAUAUAGGACCGCGAGGACCAGUGCCUGGAUACGGUCCUACUCGUUACUACUACCCACCCCGCCAAUAUCUUCCACUUAGAAAAUGCUUCUAUAAUCCGACAGGAUAUGUCUGUUGUAAUGAGAUUCUGAACGAUCUGAUGGUUGAGACAUUUGCUGAAUUGGAAGCUCGACCAAAAUUCCAUGCAUGUAAUAUUCAAGCUGUCGCCAACGUAAUGCAGGAACGUACCGAAACAAAGUUCAACACUUCAUUUGAGCUGAUCGUAGCUUAUGACGACUUCGCACAAAAAGUUCACUUCAGCGGCGAUUUGAUCUGUAAGGUCGAACUCGGAGGACGAUAUGCGCUAGCUUACGCAACCGCUCGAACAGUUCAAGAAUACCAGUUACCGCCGAUCAACAACAGACCUCAGCAGGGACCGAUAACUGAUGCUGCUCACGCUCGUAUACAAACUCACACUAUGAGAAUCUGA